AUACAAGUUAUUUGGAAAGUCAUAGAUUGUAGAAAACUAUUCUAAGGUUAUUACUAUAUUCUUAUCAAUCGCUCCCUUUGAAUUAUGAAGAGCUAAUCAUACUGAGAAGUAUUUAAUACUCUUAAAUAUAUGCAAUGCAUUUCUCCAAAGAACUAAGAAAGAUGUUUGUAUUUUCUCUUUCUUACUGUUGCCCUCAUAGUAACCGAGUUGAUUGAAGUCCUUGUACAGGACAGAGGGAUUCAUCUGAAAUUGAGUCAGUAGUUCAAGGUCACUAAUAGUGUAUCCCUAUAAAUCUCUAUUCAAAUGUGACAGCUAUAUUCAGUGGUACAUAUUUCCCAAUGUCUGAACAUGACACACAUUCUGAAGUCCCCUGGAACAGUAGCGCAGAAAUAGAGGGUGAGUUUGAUGUUUGCUGAGUUAUAGAGAAAGAAAAAAAAAAUGGGACUGCAUAUUUUAGGGUGAUAAAUUUUCCACCACUGAAAAGAAAGAGCAUCAAAUAUAAUGUGAAAGAAGAAGAAAGCGCUUAAAAACCCUACUUUAUCCUUAAAUGAUUUGAUAUUUUCUUACCCUGCAGAACUUUUCCCUAAACUUUUCUCCCCCCUCCCCCCUCCUAGUUACUUUGCUUUCCUGUAUUUCUCUUUUCCUCUUCCCUCUUUCCACUCUCCUAAUUCAUGUUGUAUUGCUUCCAUCUCCUUUUCCCACUUUCAAGAGAAUGGGAAGAUCCCCAUAGCAGAUUUACAGAGUAGAAAAAUAAGGCCGCCUCUGUGCCCAUACAUUUCCAGUUGUAACUUGUUCAGAGUUGAUUGAUUGCAGCAGGCUAAAAUUGAGUGAGUGAAAAAAAGAAAAAGAUAUUGUGUAAUUAAUUUCCUUUAAGUUAUGUUAUUACGAACAGCAUUGGAAUACACACACACACACACAUACACACACACAAAUUGCAAAGUAAGACAGAGCAAUACUCCCAGAAAAUACUGACUGGUAUAUAUGGUGAGGAAUAAGAUUAUUGUCGACUAGAGACAAGGUGAGAGGAAUAUUUUACAGAAGAUAGAACAAAAGAUCAUAGAAAUUCGGAAUACAGCGCAGAAUCAUCAUCAUUUGUCACAGCUGCCAUUAUCAAGCUUCUAGUUGAAAAGAUGUGAAAACCACUAUUUCUGCAUUGUGACUGCCUGAUCUAGAAUGCCAAGAAUGCCUACAAAUCCCUUAGAAUGAACUUUGUUGAUACAGAAUAAUGAUAACACUAAUCUCGGAAAGAAAGAAUCAGACUAAAGAAUUACUUUGUCCUGGAUGACAUUAGAUUGCACAAGAACACAUUAUUUGUGAAUACAACUGUAAGCCGGAAACGGUUUCUGGAGUUGAACUUCGAAGCUAUCUGCAUGCUGGGUUAGCUUCGAAGCUGGGAGGGAGGGCUUUCAAACGAACAGUAAGUUAUGCCUUCCUCUUCUUAAUCACCUUCAAUGAUUAUUAUUCUAUCUUAAGCUAAUUUAAAAGAGGCUCAUUCUAGCAACAGCCUGCUAUACCUUUUUGAAGGUAUGCACCAUUUUAGGGAUUUCUUUUUGUCUCUAAGAACAAGGAAGAAGGCUGCUAAGGCAAGCCAAAUAAGGAAGUGUGCUGAGAAAACAAAGAAACAAAAAUGCUGAAGGAGAAAAAUAAAGAUUGAAAGCUGUGAUUUUAGUUCACUACUAUUGUAACUGGUAGCUUGAUCUUCCUAGCUGUGGAUGGCUAAAAUCUUCUGAUUCUGACUAAAAGAGGAAGCCAAGAUGGUGGAGACAUAUUUGAAAGGUCUCUAAAUAAAAUACAACAAUUUGUUGACCAGUUGUUCUCUGGUGACAAAAAAUCUUCUCAAAGUACUCCUGAGAUGCAAACAUGUGGAGAAUGUUACCAAACUGCUGAGGCAACUUCACAAGGAGCUGAAAAUGCAGAGGAGUUUAUCACAGUUUUGGAAGAACCGGAUAUUAACUUUCACUUUCACCUUUACUACUAUGGUCCAAAUGUAAAUCUCUCAACACAACUGAAAGAAGAACAUUGAGAAAAAAGACAAAUUUGGGACUUUUUCUUUAAGGACAUUAACAAGGUUGAAGAUCUCAUGAUAAAAAGAAAGGCCUUCAAAAUGUAUUCAAGAGUACCUGUAUUAGGAGAAAGUUAAAGAAAAUGAUGUACCAGUUUAAAGAAAAACUGUAAAAAAAGGAUGUUUUUUUAAAAAAAUAUUCUGUAAGGGUAGUUUGGCAGGAGGGAGCUAAAUGCAAUACUGAAGUGAUUUGAAUACUUGAAUGUUAAGUCAAAGAAAAAGAUGUAUUAGAUAGAAAGUUUUGAUUUUUUUUAAAAAAAGUGGUUUUUAGUACUUUUAAGGGAAAAAAGGGGGGAGGGGUUUUUCUCCUUUUUUUCAGUAAGACCAAAGAAUUUGAAAGAAUAUAAUAAAUUUUAUUUAUUGGUACACUAGAUAUACUUGUGUAAAGGUCCCUAUUUUGCACACAAAUUUCAAAUACGGAAUUCUGGGCAAUGCCACUGAGGGUCAACAAUGGGACAUCUGGAUCAGGGGACCCAAACAAACACAGCCGUUAGUCUUAUCAGGAUUGAACUUGAGUCUGAAAGUUUGCUUCUGCUUCAGUGACUUGGGACUAGGGUGGUUUGGAAUGGCAAAAUAGCCUACCUGAUGGAAUAGAUCAAUCCUAUUGGACUCUGCCUGCCAACUAGAGGGAGGGGCUUUCCUGAAAGUUCUGGAAUGCCCUCCAAGAAGAUACAGGAAAAAGCCGUUUGCUGUACAGCCAAAGGGAGCUCCAUGGCUGCCCUCCUCCCACUACAGUGGUGGCGGCGGAGUUUUAUUUUUAUCCUCUGCCUUCCGCCUUGCUGCUUUCAUCAUUGUCACUCUCCAACGUGAGGCAAGGCCUCCCCUCCCUUGGCCCCUGAAGGGAGAAAUGGGGUUGGGUAGAGGAUUUUUCUGUCUCGUUCUUGCCUCUGGGAUAUUCUGGAGUCAGCCCAUUUGUCAUGUACCACCUCAGGGGUUUCCCUUCAUUUCUUACGAAGUUAUUAUCCCAAGAAGGAUGGCACCCCGACGAGGCCGGGAACCCCAAGAUCUUACUUAUUUAAUGGAGAUAGAAGGGAAAGGCCAUGUGGUACACCUCAGGCAGAAGAAGAAUUUCGUUCCUAAACACUUCCCUGUUUUUACCUACAAUGAAGAUGGAGACAUUGAGGUGGACUACCCUUUCAUCAAGAAUGACUGCUUUUACUAUGGUUUUGUACAUGACGAGCCUUCCUCUCUAGUCACCCUCAGCAGUUGCUCAGGAGGACUCAGAGGCUUUCUGCAAGUGGGUAAUAAGCUCUACGAAAUUGAACCUCUGCAGACAUCUACUUUUCAGCACAUGGUCUACAGACUGGAAGAGAAGGGGAUUGAUAUCCCAAUCAGGUGUGGAGUAAUGGAAGAAGACAAAAAUCACCCGGAGGCCAUGAUCCAGAACAGAGAGAAUAUUGUAAGCAAAAGUGCUUUGAGCGGACUAUGGCAAACAUACCCCAGGUACAUGAAGAUAGCGAUUGUAGUAGAACAUGAACGAUAUGUCCAAUUUGGUAAAAACGAAACUGCCACUACUAGGCAAGUCCUGGAUAUUGUUCACCUUGCAGAUUCGCUGUAUAAGCCUCUUGGGAUUCAUCUGGUGGUGGUUGGAUUAGAAAUAUGGUCACAAAAGAACCUCAUUGCAAUAGCCAAAAGCAUAGACGAAUUGCUUGACACGUUCAAUACGUGGAGGAAAACGAUACUUGUCCAGCAUCUAAGGCAUGAUGUUGGCCACUUAUUUGUGUAUAAGCAUUUUGGGUUUAAGUUUGGAUUAUCGUUUGUUGGAUCUGUGUGUGAUCCGAACUGGGCGUCUGCUGUUGAGGCAUUUAUUACUUCUAGUUUAUUUUCUUUCACAAUAACUUUUGCUCAUCAACUGGGUCAUAACCUUGGUAUGCAGCAUGAUGAGAAAUCCUGCACCUGUAAACAGCAUUCUUGUAUUAUGGCUCCCUUCCAAAGCAACACAAGUAAGUUCAGCAACUGCAGUUAUACCAGUUAUUCUAAGCUAAUGGAUACUAGUAGCAAGCAAUGUCUGUUAAUUCCGCCAGAACAUGAGAAAUUGUAUGACCUCAAAAACUGUGGCAACAAGGUGGUAGAGAGUGGAGAACAGUGUGACUGUGGUUCAAAGUUCCACUGUGAAUCAGAUGCAUGUUGCCAGUCUAACUGUAUGUUGCGUUCAGGAGCCACUUGUGCUUUUGGAAAAUGCUGUGCUGACUGUCAGCUUCUUCCAGCCGGAACAGUUUGUAGAGAAAGGACUAACAUAUGCGAUCUUCCCGAAUACUGCACCGGAAUUUCAGAGUGGUGUCCUGAAGAUGUUUAUGUACAGGAUGGAGCUCCGUGCUCUGAUGGAGGCUAUUGCUAUCAUGGAGAAUGCUCUACUCACAGUGAGCAAUGCAAAGUUAUCUUUGGCGAAGAAGCAUUGGUUGCCCCAGUGGAGUGCUUCAAAGCAAUAAAUUCUCGAGGUGAUCGUUUUGGCAAUUGUGGCGUUAUUCCUGGUAAUAUGUAUAAGAAGUGUUGGAACAAUAAUGUCUUGUGCGGCAGAGUCCAGUGUGUAAACAUCGGCGAAGUGCCUAAUUUCAAUGAGCAGACCACCAUCAUUCAAACGCCUGUUAGCAACCAUUUGUGCUGGGGUAUAGAUUCUCCAAGUGGAAUUGGUGUAGUUGAUGUUGGAGCAGUGAAAGAUGGCACGCAGUGUGGCCUUGGCAUGAUAUGCAUUAAUGGUGAUUGCAUCAAGGUCUCCCUCCUGAACUAUGAUUGUAAUCAAACCAAAUGUCACGACAAAGGAAUAUGCAACUCCCAUAAACAUUGUCAUUGUAACUCUGGUUGGGCUCCUCCAUACUGCCUAAAGAAAGGCAGUGGUGGCAGCAUUGAUAGUGGGCCUCCUCCACCCAGCAGUGCCAGUGAAAGAAGGACUAAAGGCAUUGUAAUAGUUCUUCUAGCUGGGUUUGGCAUCUUAUAACAAACUGAAUGUCGGAUGACAGACUUCGAUAACUCCGAUUCCAAUAUGAGGACAAGUGUCCAGCCUGAUAUUAUAAACUCUUAGGAGGCUAGGAGGAUAUAAGAAAUAUCCUUUCAAUGCAUUGUGCUGGAAAUAAUGCAAUUUGUUUCUUGCAAUUUGGCCUCUAAAGAUAGUUUUACCAUCUUUAACUCUGUAGCUUUCUAGGCAUAUUGUCUUAUGAAAAGCCUUAUGACUGUCUGAAUGUCAUGUGGGGUGGCCCGAACAUUUAGAUAAUUACUGGGGAAUAUCCACAAGAGUGCUGUUGCAGUUCAUUCCCCUCCUUAUUGAAAUGGGUGGUCGUUGCAGACUAUGUGGAUGUAAUCCAGGCUAUUGGGGAAACUAUCAGAUAAAAAUAUACUAAAAAAAUUCAAACUUUAUCCACUACUUUAAAUGGCUCUUCCUAUAAAAAGUGCUGUAUGGAGGGAACAACUGAAGUUUCUUGUUCUUGUUAAAGCUGAACCCGCUCAGUACUUAACAAAUUGGUACCAUAAUAUUUUGGAUUCAAAUACUUUUGAAAGCAUUUCUUGAAAGUAUAUGCAGCUGGUAAAAUUUGAUUGGAAGCGGACAAUGAUAGAGCUGCUUAGAGAAGUAAAAUGGGUACCUAGACAGAUCAGGUUUGCAAUGGCAUCUUCAGUUGAUUUAUCUGAACGGCCUAUUAUGAUGAGAUGCAUCUUUACAUGUGCACAUUUUAAAUGCCGUUUUGAAAAGGCAAAAGUGCAGCUGGGGCUGAUCGUUGUAUACAUACUGUGAAUGGGAAAAGGACCAGAUGAUGAAGUAGCAAAGUCAAAGGUCGCAUUUUGCUCAGAAGGAACAUUGCUCUAAACUCUACAGUAAGAGCAGUAGCAUUGGGCUCCUAGUGUCUGACAUUUCUUUAGAAAAGAAUACCUCAAAAUUGCACAUCCAAGAACUUUUUGCUCAAGAGCUGUAUGGGUAUCCUUAAUUACAGAGUUUUGCAAAGGUAUUGAACACGAGAUCAAAUACUGCACAGAAUCAUAGUAUAAAUAAUCUACCACAGACCACGUUAACCUUUGACAAUAUAUUUCUUCUAGUGGGGUUUUAUAUAUUUAAUACAAGAUUUGAGGUAGUGGUGAAAUUGUUUGGUGCUCGUACCAACACUCCCAUUGACUUCAGUGAUAUAUAAUCAUGUGUAACUGUAUUGGGAAUCUGCUUGCAGCUUAAUUGUUACCCUGCUAUUCUGUAGUGACUCCAGUGUAUUGACAUCGAUUCAGAAACUGUUUAGUAAGCAUGAGAAUAAACACGUUAUUGUAAAAUUGUGAUGACAAAAAAUUUAGUUUGUUCAGAUUUUUUUUCUGUAGUUUUUGCAGAAAACACAAGUGCAAACCAGCAGAGUUUUAUAUGCAAUAGCAGCAAUGCUCCUUCAGCAAUCAAACAUCUGAAAUGAAUACAUUAUUUCUGGAAUUGGGUAAUAUAAUAUUCCUGUCAUUAUUUAGGAAAACGCAAUCUAAAUUUUAAACAUUCUGUAUCAUUUACAGUCUGCCUUGCCCACUCUUUUAUCUUUGAAUUUCCUUUCAUAAUCCGUACACGACCACUGCAUUUGUUAUCACUUGAGUUUCCUGUAAAAAUUAUUUUGUAUAUCUGAACAAUAACACUUCUUCAAAACAGACCCAGUUUACUAUAUAUCUUUAAAAGAGGGAUCUCAGCCAGCUAUCAUUUAUUACUUAUCACAUUGUAUAAUACAGUAACUACUUUCAAAUGUGCUUUGUUAUUGUAUAACCAUGAGA